UUUCAUGUAUUUCUUUUAGUAGUAAUUUUAUAAUUUUGAUACUUUUGGAGACGGUAAUGAUAAUGUCUAUGAAUUUCAAGACUAAAAUGGUUGUGUACGUUUAAUCCGUUAAAAAAAAGUUGAAUAUGACAACUUCAACUGUAUUAUGUUUAAUCUUAAAAUUGUUCACGAGAUUAAUUGAACAAAUUUAGAGUCAAAGAACCGGACAAAAAAUAAAAUUUUUGUUGCCACUAAAUCACGAGACAACUUUUUAUCUUAUGAUAUUUUGUCUUAUAUUAUUAUGUGUGCUUAUAUUUUACCUAUAAAAUGGCCCUUUGAAACAAAAUAAUUUUAGAAGUAUAAUAAAACAAGCUGCCGACACUUUCAGUUGCCACUAGCCAGUGAGGUUUGGUUUCAAGUCUUUCUAUAUUUAUUUACUUAUCUACCCUUUCAAAGCAUAAGCACUUCUGCAGCAUUUAUUCUCUUUUUCUUUCCCUUUUCCAUUCAAAGUGAAAACAAAACAAAACCUCUUUCUAAGAGUGACACAUAGUUCAAUUGUGUAUGUGUGUGUGCAUGUGUCUCCACUCACUCUUAAUUCUCAUCAUCAUAUCAUUAUCUCAUUUCUUUCCAUUUCUUUGAGUUUCUCACUACUUGUUCUUUUCUGCUUAAUCUCAUGAAUUCAGUAGCACAAGUUCUCAAUAUUGUUUUCUAGUACUAGUAACUACUACAUGUGAUGUGUGCCAAUAUUCAUUAAAUUCUCUAUAUUGCACUUGCAUAGUUGCAUACACAUACACAGAAAGGUUUAGCGGCGCAGUUUUGUUGUCUGUGUAAUUAUCUUAUAUAUAAUAUAAAGUUUAUCAGGUGACAAUUGAAGUUGAUAUUUAUAAUUUUUAUAUACAUAAGUAAUUAUGCAAUCUGCAAAAUCAGAAUCUGAUAUAACUAGUUUAGCUCCAUCAUCACCAUCAAGAUCUCCAAAGAGACCUGUGUACUAUGUACAGAGUCCAUCAAGAGAUUCACAUGAUGGAGAUAAGUCAUCUUCCAUGCAAGCUACUCCAAUAUCAAACAGUCCUAUGGAGUCUCCUUCACAUCCUUCAUUCGGAAGACACUCGAGAAACUCGUCUGCUAGUCGGUUUUCGGGGAUUUUCAGGUCUUCUUCAGGUAGGAAAGGUGGUAGGAAGAGGAAUGAUAAAGGUUGGCCUGAGUGUGGUGUGAUUCUUGAAGAAGGUUCUUAUCGCGAAUUCGAGGAUAAGUCUUUUGCUAGAAGAUUUCAAGCUUUGAUUGCUGUUUUUACUUUUGUGGUUGUUUUUACUGUGUUUUGUUUGAUCAUUUGGGGUGCUAGCAGACCUUAUAAGGCAGAAGUUACUGUCAAGAGUUUGACGGUACAUAAUUUCUAUGUUUCGGAGGGUACAGACUUCACUGGUGUCGCAACAAAAAUUCUGACACUUAAUAGCACUUUGCAUAUGAACAUAUAUAACCCUGCUACAUUUUUCGGCAUCCAUGUCCACUCUUCACCCAUCAAUCUUGUUUACUCGGACAUCAGUAUCGCAACCGGCGAGUUGAAGAAACACUUUCAGCCUAGAAAAAGUCGCCGUCUUGUAUCAGUGAACUUGGUAGGUAAUAAGGUUCCACUUUAUGGAGCUGGCUCAACCAUAACGGUUUCGCAGACUGGUAUUGUUGAAGUUGCACUCGUGUUGAAGUUUGAUCUCCGUUCGCGAGGAGAUGUGGUGGGGAAACUGGUUAGGACAAAGCAUCAUAAAGAAAUCACUUGUCAUUUGGUUAUCAACUCUGCUGGAUCGAAACCUAUUAAAUUCAAGAAGAAUUCAUGCACAUAUGACUGAUAUGAUUUUUUCAUUUUGGAAGAGUUCACGUGUGUUGAAAUUGUAACUUAAAAUUGUAUAAUUUAAAGUUUGUGAGUAUUUUUUUGUUGAGGAUGUUCAUUUGCAAGAGAAGUUCCUUAAUCAAUUUGUAUUUUACUUUUGUGUGA